AUGGUCGAAUUUAAAUUUUACAUAGGAAAACACAAACUCAUUUCUAUCGGUGUUCUAAAUUUAAAAAGAAAUAAUGAUUUAAACAAUGGUGAUUCAAAAUAUGAAAUAGAAAAAUUUAAUUUAGAAAUUUAUAAUGAAGAACUAAAUGAUUAUUUAAAAAUUUGGGAUCAAGUCCAUUUUUGCCUACGUGGAAAAAAGGAACCUUUAAAAUAUAAAAAAUAUUAG